GCCAUGGAAACGGGUUAAACAUGGAGCUGGACUCGGAUCUACAGGAGUCGAGGAUGAAUAGUCCUGACGGACUAAAGGCUUGUUACCUGAAUAUCUGUGCAGAGAUGAAACAGGAUGUCAAUCCAUACAUCUCGAAUAUGUUACAACAUGUAGACCACUCUGACGUGGUCCUUUAUGAUGGAUUCACAUUGAUGCUCAGUGGAAAUUCACUGCUGUUCCCAGUACAGAGACUGACAGACAAUGAUGCUGCAGUUCUGGUUUGUCUCCUUCAUCAAAACUCCUUUAUCACAGGUCUUGAUUUAAGAUUCAACAAUUUAUCGAACUGUGGAGCGGAAUCAAUUGCAAAAUUGCUUCUGGAAACCAAAGUGCUCAGUGACCUCAAUCUGAUGUGCAAUGACAUUGGCAGCAAUGGAGCAGAAUGGAUUGCUGAAGCCUUACAGGUGAACCAGUCACUGAAGCAUCUAAGGAUUAAUGGGAAUAAAAUUGGCAAUAAGGGUGGAGUGCACUUUGCCACAAUGCUGCAGCUCAACAAAACACUGGAGUCUGUGGACCUCGGCGACUGUGAUUUGGGAAUUCAAAGUCUGAUUGGAUUAGCAACUGUGCUAAACCAUAAUAAAUCACUCAAAGCCAUCAAUGUUGGUCGACCUUUGGUUUACACCCUACAGGAAGAGAUGACUGUGCAUAUGGCUAACAUGCUUCAAGUUAACCAAUCGCUACAGGAGCUGCACUUAGCAAAAAUGGGAAUAAAAGACUUUGGUGCUCAGCAACUUUCUGAACGACUAGUUAAUAACAAGACUCUCCGCUUUCUCGAUCUCCGCUGUAAUCAGAUCUCCUGUGAUGGAGCCAAGUUUUUGGCUGAGCUACUGAGACACAACACUCCACUAAAGAUCUUGGAUUUGGCAGCGAAUCGAAUUGGUGACGACGGACUGGUUUACAUUAGUGAGGCCCUUCGUUACUUGAAUGACCAGCUCGUAGCAUUGUCUGUGACCAGUAAUAGCAUCACUGGAACUGGUUUGGUGACUUUCGCAAAUGCCUUGAAGUCCAACACUACUCUGAAGAAUGUCUACAUCUGGGGCAAUGACUUGGAUGAAUCAGCCUGCUCUGAGUUUGCAAAUCUUUUAAAAGUUGGACGUCUGAAGCCAAGGCAGACAGAUGUUAGUCCAUAUUGGGUUGAUGGGCAGGUCUACCUGGCAGAGGUGUCUCAUGGACUCCAGAUGUUCUAUUACUGGGUACCUCAGUAUGGGGAAUGGGAUGAAGCAGCCUGUCAUGCCUCUAAAGUUCUCCUGAUGGAGCCAGAAUCUUCCAUAAGCCAGAUCGACAUAGAAACUUCCAGUACUGAAAGGGGCCAAUCAUCUGUUAGUGUCUCAGCCGGUUCACUGCAUCUGACAAAUUGA